UCACAUAAUUGUUAAUGUUACCAUGGGUUUUAAGAGACAUUCCUAUAAACACACACUGUUUGAUCACUGAGAGAAGCUAUAAUAUAAUCGAUACUGCAAGCAAGCAUUUUGUGAAAAUAUAAAGCCAGUAUUAAAAAGGCGUUUUAAUUCACAAAUACAGAUAAUAUUGUUCAGGCAACGAGACAGAAACGAUAUCAGAUCGAUGCUUAAUCUGAUUUCCGCAGAUCAUCGGCAAAAAAAUCGCGACCACCUAACGUUCGCGUAAACAAAUCUCUGAGGAAAUUUCCUCGAUGUAAUAUCCGGUGCGGAUUACCAUUGGCCCGCUCCCGCACUGAUUCGAUUUAGGUCCAAUUGGAAAAUGGAUUUUGUAAAACACACCAAUAGAUACGAAUGACGUGAACAAUAAUCCUAAAAGAACCAAUGUCUGACGGUAUUUGACGCAACUACAUCCUGCGCGAAAAACCCGGGAACGAGCUAAAGGCGGGCUAACACCUGCGCAGCAUCCCCUCGGAUGCCGUACGAAGAUCACAUCUUGCGAAAAGUAAUGAUUAUUUCUGUCCACAAGCGUAGUUCCGCAUAUUCCCGCCGCGGCGCUGCGAGCUACACGAGUGGGACGUCGGUGUACGUACCUCGAUAUGGGGGCUAGUUAAAACGUAAUUUUAGUGUUGGAAAUUGAAAAAUUGCGGAUGUAUAGCCCCGCAAGUGUCUUUAUUGAACGGUAAUCGUCACUCGGUGAUAUUUGAGUGCGAGCUGAGUGCGCCGCACGCGGUCUCAUUCCAUGUAUAUACGUGCCCGAGGUACCACGGAGAUCCUCCAUUACCGGUCAUAUUUUUAGGGGAUGUAGUCGCUGUAAUCAAAUAGACCUGUGAAUAAACAAUUAUAUUAACAAAAAAGUGCCAAAUAAAUACGCAAUUAUGUGUAGAUAUUGACUGUUGUGAUAAAAUGUGCGAGAGUAUUGUGCGUCGUAUAUCGACCGAUGCCAUAUCUCCAGGACUGGCGGACUUCCAAGGCGGCGUGUCGUUGCAUUCCCUGAGGUCACGGCGCUUCAAUAAAUCACAAUAGGAAAUAAUCUCUAACAUCUAUCUUCUUUUGUUAUGAAUCGAUUACGCGACAACUUCGUUCGCGUAAUGGAUUACAGCUGCCGAAUACAAGCUGGAUGCGGUUAUUUAAACAACUGAAUAACCGCAUCGGACCAAUGGCGCGUAGUACGGUUAUAAUCACUCUCUUACUGAUCGCGAUAGUCGGUUGCGAGCAUGCCGUGGAUAAAGAGAAAGCCUUGGCGGCGGAAAAGGAGAGAUCAAGGUCCGCGAACCCGGGCAGAGAACGCGGAUCCUUCCAGAAGCUUUCGAACUUAAUGAACCGGACGGAAAACCAUCGAGAAGGCAGACGAAGAGGGAAGAGUAAUCUAAAUAAAAUACUACAAAUAAAUCGUGAGCACAGAGCGCAGCAUGAUGAUAUGUUGAACGAUAAUGAAGGAGCGAUCGCGACUAAACAGAAAACAAUGUCGGAUAAUACAACAGACACGUUGGCGGACAAGAUGAAGGCGUUACGAGGUGAUGGGUUAACAUAUGAAGCGAUAUCUAAGAACAAUUACGUGCCACAGGUGACCGGUGUGUUUUGCAACUUUGAACCGAACAAUAACUCGCAAGUUGACAUGUGUAUGUGGCUGUGGAACUCUACCGUAUCCAGCCACGGUUUGGGAUUCAAAGUGGUGACGGCUGCUGAUCUCGUGGUCAUGAACGAGACGACCAGGGGACUAAAGUUUUCUGGACCUAAUAAGGAUGCUGAUGGCAAUGUUACAGGACAUUUCCUGUACCUCCCAGUGGACCCCACUAUGGAGAAUAUGGUGAUCAAAUCGCCCCCCUUCCGUGGACUUUCCGAGUUCUGUAAAUUCGAAGUGCGUCUACAUCAGAGUAAAAUGCAGAACGCGAGCAUCCGUCUCGUCUCUGAGUCUACAAUGUCCGAGGUGCAAUGGAUACUGCAAGAGGUUGCUGGGAAUAAUAACGAAAUACCAGAGUUACUAGCUAUAGGUGCAACUAAAUUUUAUGACUUGAAGGAGUCAUGUAUCAAACUGCAGCAAGUCUGCGAUCUGGUGAAAGACUGCGAUGAUGCCAACGAUGAAAACCAAAACUGCGAUAAAAUGCCUUUUGGUUCAUACUGUAACUUCGAGGCGGGCUCUUGUGGUUUUGUGAACGUACCUCAGCCGAUAUUAAAAUGGUCACGUCACAGUGGUCCAACACCGACAGACAAGACUGGUCCUAAUUACGACCACACGUGUGGUCCUCCUGACCCUUACUCCCCUGUUCCUAUCCCUCCCCCCUUAGUCCCCGCACAUAUGAAUUAUUCUCUCGCGCAAUGCGUUGGUUAUUACUUCUUUGUGAAUAUGAACGUGACGGGGCCUAAUAAAGAAAAAGCAGAUUUCGCGUCCACAGCUACUAUGAAAACUGUAGUAUUCAACCCACCCCCAAAAGUACAUGGAAAUAUCAGUUCUAGUUACUACAAUUGUUGUAUGAUACGUUUCUACUACCAACAAAACGGUAGGAACUACGGCUCUCUAAGUGUUGAUGUUGUAGAAAUCACAUCAAGAGGUAAUAUAACUACAUCUUUAUGGUUUUCAACAAAAGAUAAAGGAGAGAAUUGGUACAGAGCAGCGAUAUUCUUACCAAAUAUCACCAGAAGAUACUUCCUUCAAUUCAAGACUCGAAUGGGCAUGAGGAUAUACUCAGAUUCAGCUAUCGAUGAUUUCUCGAUGGCUCCAGAGUGUUUCGGUCUGAACAUAGACCCGGAAGAACUUGGAGAUUACAAUUACUAUGAUCCAACAUACGAAGAGAAGACCGAACCACAUCCAGACUUCGAAGACAUUCCUUACUACCGUUUCACGACGUGCGGUGCGACUGGUAGAUACGGUCCCAACCAGACAAUGUGUGAUAUGGCGUAUAACGGUACUGAAUUGUCUGUGACGGUUGUACCGGAUCCACCUUACCAAGGCAUACAGACAUGGCAUAUACCCACCGAGGGAUUUUAUACUAUAAUAGCCACGGGCGGGUCGGGCGGGCUGGGCUCGGCGUGGGCGGGCGUGUCUCACGGCGCACAAGCGAGGGCACUCUUCGAGUUGCAUCUUGGAGAAAUACUUUACGUACUUGUGGGACAGCCGGGACUUAACGCUUGUAAGAAGACUCUGUCGGCGCAGGAGUCUCAAGAAUGUUCUAGAAGGAACGAAACACAACAAAUAUACACAAGCAAGACGCACGAAGUCCGCAACACGCAGGUGAACGACGGCGGAGGAGGAGGAGGAGGUGCAACGUACGUUUUUGUGAUUGACAAAGAAAAAAAAUUAUAUCCUUUGCUGAUCGCUGGCGGCGGCGGCGGGCUGAGUGUUGGCGUGUUUCAUGACGACGGCUCUCAGCACGCUAAGGGACGUACAAACUCCACUCCCGAGUCAGGUUAUAUGUACGGACCACCGGGGAAGACUUCUGGGGCGGGCGGGGGCUGGGUGUCGCGGCUGGGCCCCAGCACGCCGGGGCACGAGGUGUCUCGCGGCGGGGCGCUGCCCGAGGGCGCGGUGGGCGGGAUGGCGUGCUCUGGGGGUGCGCACGGCGGCUUCGGCGGGGGCGGCGGUGGUUGCCGACGAGGUGGUGGUGGUGGCGGAUGGCUAGGUGGUAAUACUAACGAGGGUGAAGGCGAGCACGGGGGCGGCGGCUGGUCCUACGUGGACCCUGCCCGUAGUGUGCGCGGCUACACGCGCGUCACCUCCGCGCCCCGGACAGGACCGGGAGAGGUGCUGGUGCUGCCUGCUGCACAUAAAUGCGGUUGCGCGUAUCGUUGUAUCGCUUUGAACGAGUAUCGCAGCGAGGUGACAUGUUACUGUCCGGUGGAUUGGAGUUAUGACAAAAAUGACCCAACCAAGUGUAUAUUGGGAGCGCCGCCGGAACAACAUUGGAAAACGCUUUCGGUGAUAGGCUUUAUUACCAUAAUUGUACUAGGCUUCAUCGUCGGCGCCUGUCUAUUAAUGUAUGCUAGAUACCAGCAUAAUAGACAAGCUGCAUUAUCUCAGAAGCGUAUUCUGGACCAAGACGUUCAACUUCAUCGACUUAGACAAGCUCCUGGAGGGAAUGAAAACUUUAUGAAUUUCAACCCUCAUUACGGCAGCGAGGGUGUGAUGCCGCGAGGGAUGGAUGUCAGAGGUCUACCAAAGGUCUCCAGGGAGAGCUUGAAACUUGUCAAGGCGUUAGGUCAAGGUGCGUUUGGUGAAGUUUAUCAAGGUCUGUAUAGACAUCGUACUGGAGACACAGUGGAGAUGCCAGUCGCUGUUAAAACUUUACCAGAAUUAUCAACUGGACAAGCGGAGAGUGAUUUUCUUAUGGAAGCAGCGAUUAUGGCGAAAUUCAACCAUCCCAAUGUGGUACAUCUGAUUGGUGUUUGCUUUGAUAGACAUCCUAGGUUCAUAGUCCUAGAGUUACUCGCUGGAGGGGAUUUGAAGAAUUUCUUACGAGAGAGUCGUCCCAAACCGGAGCGAGCGAGUGCGCUCACUAUGAAGGAUCUUAUACUAUGUUCUUUGGACGUUUGUAAAGGUUCCCGGUAUUUAGAAGGCUUGAGAUUUAUACAUAGGGACAUAGCAGCAAGGAAUUGUUUGCUAACAUCCCGAGGUCCAGGCCGCGUUGUAAAGAUAGCCGACUUCGGCAUGGCUCGUGACGUGUACCGCGCUGAAUACUACAAAAAGGGGGGGAAAGCCAUGCUACCUAUUAAAUGGAUGCCACCAGAAGCGUAUAUUGAUGGAGUAUUUACUAUCAAAACUGAUGUCUGGUCGUUCGGCGUUCUACUCUGGGAGGUGUUCUCUCUGGGCAUGAUGCCGUAUACAGGGUGCACCAACAGAGAGGUUAUGGAGAUGGUCUCUGGUGGUGGAAGGCUGGAGAAGCCUUAUGGAUGUCCUCAAGAGAUUUAUCGACUAAUGUGCGAAUGCUGGAACCCUAACCCUGUAGAGAGACCGGCUUUCGCACAAAUGUUUGAUAGACUGCAGCGGUUCUUGCAAGAUCCAGAAAUAGUGAGCGCGCCUAUACCGGUACUGCGCUCGCUGCUGGUCCCGGCCGCAGAUGUGCAAGUGAACGACGACAGCGCCUCGCAGCGGUCUGCGGCCGCCGACUACCUGGUGCCCAAGCCGCCGCUGGACGCGCCUUCCGACCCCAGCAUAACGGAUCCGGAGACGGCUCAUAGCAAACAGCCGACGGCAGCGCCGGACCAGCCAGAAAUGGAGGAUUCACAAUAUCUACCUCUUCUGAAAGCAUCACAAGAAUAUGGCAACAUUCCAACGGCGUCUCGCGGCGGCAGUCGGCGCGGCGCUGCUGGCUGCCCGCCCGCCGCCGCAGAGACGCGGACAAACACAAAGUUUCUGCCGUCUAAUUCUACUGACAGAUUAUUAAGCUCGGUCGAAGGAGCGUCUUUAGAUGACGACAGCGCGUCAGAAAUAGACGAGAAGCCAGUCAUCUGGGAGACUUCCUUCACCGAGCCGAGGUCCACUAACUCUGCGGACCUCAAACCGAGUGCCGACACUGGACCCGCCGUUGACAAGUUGAUAAGUAUAACACCAACAUCACCGAAGCCACCGGAAAAUAUACUAUCGUUAGCGAUAGAAGCUAAUAUAAUUGAGAAGAACAAUAAAAAUUUAACAAUAGAAAAGAAAAAAGCACCAGUCGCGUCACCUGAUCCACCCAGAAUUAACGCAUGGCCGACUAAAGAACCGCCUAAAUUAGUCCCAAAACCGAAACCACUUUGCUUAGAUGCGGCACAAUUGGAACAGAAUUUAAACGCACUAAAGAAAAACAGUGGUUCAGUUAACCUAACAACAAUGAACAUCGUACCUUCGUAUAUAAAUGUUGUGACACCAAAUAAAUUUUCCGAAUCGAAAACUAUACAGAUUGAUCCGAAAAAAGCGAUAAUACACGAUUUACCGAAGGAAUCUGAACAUAAAGAGGAGAAAUGUAAAUUAAAACAAUCAAGUUCUGCUGCCAGUUUACUAAAUGGUCCGAUGACAGAUGUGCCAUACGCUGACAGUGACAACGCGUCAUCCAGUUCAGGAAGUAACGGUAAAAAGAAAAAUAAAAACUACGGAGAAGUUAACAUCGGUAAUGGAAAGAAAAUAAAACAGGGUAGCAAUGGCGGGGAAUUUGUCGGUGAAUCGGAAAUCAGUUGUUAAAAUCGAUGUAAUAUCGAAAUCGAUAUCGAUCUGUCAGUUUGGUUGUGGUGUUUUUCUGGCGCUGCCGGACAUGUGACAUUUGUAUUUUUUAAAUUUAGAAGAAAACUAGUGUUACUAGAAUCGGUUGUAAAUAAUGUUUCGGUAAUAAUUCGAUGUAAGUAUUAUAUGGAUAUUUAUGUGUAGUUGUUUAUUUCGAGAUUUGUAUUUUUGUCGAUGUACAAAUUGUUUUUAUUGUUGUAAUAUAAUAUUAAGUGAAUAUUUAUUUUAUAAAUGAAACGGCUUCGUGAAACGCUUGUAGUUAAAAUAGUCGUUUUGUCUUUGCUCAAUUUGCUCAAUGGUUUGCGAGAAUGAAGUUAUUUUUUAAUUCUUCCUUACAUUCAUAUGUUAACUAAUUCAGCUUAAUACAAGACUAUAGAAUAUUAAUAGUUAUUUAUUUUAUUGACGGUAUUAUAAAUAUUUCAACCCUAUAUCAUAAUUAAAAACAAACGCACAUUUAGUUAAAUUGCUUUUAGGUUAUCUCAAG